UUUCGCUUAAUGAACUCUGAGCUGACAGGUAAAUCUCCCGCAGUGACCUCAUGUCUUUGUGUCUCCUCAGGUGUGUCCAGCAGCAGCAGCUGCUCCAGGUGAGAAUCUCAGGUCUGAAUGUUCCUGCACACAAAGACUCAGACUGCACGUCUCAUAAAUGGUUGGUUUGUUCCAGCAGCUGCAGAGCCUGAGGUGACCGUGGCCAAGGUGGAGUCAGACCAAGGGGACAAAGCUGACAGCAAACCUGCCCCCCCCAGUAUGAUAGAGUGGAUAAAACAGGGUAUAGAGAAGGUGGUUCCUCAGCCGGAGCUUCCUGGGCGCUCGAGGUCGGAGGUCGGCGAGCAGACUGUUAAAGCAGAGGCUCCAGAAGCAGAACCUCCUCCGGCCCCCAAACCCGUCGCUGACACUGAGAAGUCCAAGGAUGCAGAGCAGCAGCAGCCCAAUAUGAUGGGCUGGAUCGUCAGCGGGAUUGGACGCAUGUUACCUCAGCCAGUGCAGAAGCAGGACGCCAGCGGCGACGAGGUGCAGAACAUCAGCAUCGCACAGAAGGAGACAGACCUGGUGCUGGAGGACAUUGAACAGGACAAGGACGAGAAGGAGGUAAAAGUGGAGACAGAAGAUGCAGAGAUGCAAAUGGAUCAAUGGACCCCAGUGAUGGACAGCAUCAAGAAGGAGGCUGAAGAAGCAGUUUUAGCUCACAUGGAGGAAAGACUGCAGCAGGAGCGUCUGGAGGCGGCUCGCAUCGCAGAGGAGAUGGCCAGGAAGGCAGCGGAGGAGGCAGUCCGACAGCUGGAGGUGGAGCAUUCGGCUAAGAUCGUCAUGGAAACACUGCCAGAGUCCAACGAGCAACUGCCCAACAUCCUGGAAGAGGAAAACGAGGACGACCCGGAGUGUGUUAUAGACGUCUGUCCGACUGAAGACGAUGCCACUCCUUCAUCGACAGAUGUGGAGCCAGCGUCGGAGAAGAGAGACCUGGAGAGUCCGGUUUCCCAGCCGACCAGGCAACAACCAGGGCCGCAAACUCCAGAAGCCCCAACCACAACCACCACAGAGCAGGUGGAACAGGCAGCAGCAGCAGCAGAGGAGGGUGGAUGUGGAGUUCCCGAGGUUUGCUCUCCGAUAACGAGCUUUCUGCUUCGAUUUCCCUGCGUCGCCGAGUGCCUGGAGAGCUGCAGGAAGCUGAUGCCUGACCAUUACCUCACCCCUCCCAAACUGUCCAUGCCGACCCUGCCGCCAGAGCUGACCCGGGAGCUGUCGCUGCUCGCCGCGCAGACGCGACGAUGCUGCACGAGCAUCUGCCAAACACACCCGUCUGUAUCUGCAGCAUCCCACAUCCUCCUCACCAUCACGCCCAUCGUGCUUUACUGCUCUGCACUGCUUCACCCCGAGCUGCCAGCUGACCGCACUUCAGGGGGUCGUGGUGGAGGCUUGGGUGAAGCUCCAGGGCUCAACGUCCCCUGCAUUAUCACAACCCCAGAGUUCAGGACUCCAACUGUCCCCGACACAGAGCUCGGUCCCUCAGGUGAUCUGUCUGCAGACGAGGAUCAGGGAGACCUGCUCAGGGCAGACGAUCAGACGCGUCCUCUGUCAGCAGCCAGUGUCGGCAGCGUGGUGAUCCAGGACCGUCUCAAUCAUCUCGUCAGGCUGUUUAAAGGUCGGACGGAGCGGCACAAAGACCGGCUGGUGGACCCGGACGAGUCUGAGGAAGAAAGUCCCUCAGCCUCUCCGAGCAAAGCUCCCCCUCCUCCUCCGCCUCCUCCUCCUCCACCUCCUCCAGGAGAAGAGAAGAAGGACGAUGCUCCCGCAGCAGCAGAAGAAGAGGAAGAGGAGAAGGAGAUCGAGCUCCCCUUCAAACUGUUGGGACAUCCAGUGAAAAUUCCAAAACUGCCCAAACUGCCCAAACUUCCGCCGCUGCCUGACUGGCUUCGAGUCAUCGUGGAGUACCGCUUCCCCUCCAGCAUCGACCCCUUCACAGAUCUGAUCUACGUCAUCUGGCUGUUCUUCGUUGUGGCGGCGUGGAACUGGAACGUGUGGCUGAUUCCCGUCCGCUGGGCGUUUCCCUAUCAAACCCCUGAAAACAUCCACCUGUGGCUGCUGGCCGACUACACCUGCGACCUCAUCUACAUCACCGACAUCCUCGUCUUCCAGCCCAGACUGCAGUUCGUCCGCGGGGGAGACAUUGUGUGUGAUAAAAAGGACAUGAGAGAACACUACAUGACCACUGAGAGAUUCAAGAUGGACGUCAUCAGCCUGUUUCCCAUGGAGAUAUUCUAUUAUUUCACUGGAGUGAACUCUCUGCUCAGGUUCCCUCGCCUGCUGAAGUACAUGGUUUUCUUUGAGUUCAACGACAGAAUAGAAGCUGUGAUGAAGAAAGCGUACAUCUACAGGGUGAUCCGGACCUCCACCUACCUGCUGUACUCUCUGCACAUCAACGCCUGUCUCUUCUACUGGGGCUCCGACUACGAAGGACUGGGAUCCACCAAGUGGGUCUACAAUGGAAAAGGCAACGCUUACAUCCGCUGUUACUACUUCGCUGUGAAGACGCUGAUCACCAUCGGAGGACUGCCUGAUCCCACCACCGUCUUUGAGAUCUGCUUCCAGCUCAUCAACUACUUUGUCGGCGUCUUUGCUUUCUCCAUCAUGAUCGGUCAGAUGAGAGACGUGGUCGGAGCUGCCACUGCCAGUGAGAACUACUACAGAGCCUGCAUGGACAGCACCGUCAAGUACAUGAACUCCUACAACAUCCCCAGAGAGGUCCAGAACCGCAUCAAGACUUGGUACGACUACACCUGGAAGAGCCAGGGCAUGCUGGAUGAACAGGAGCUGCUGGUGCAACUUCCUGCCAAGAUGAGGCUGGACAUUGCUGUGGACGUCAACUACGCCAUCGUCAGUAAAGUCGCCCUGUUCCAGGGCUGUGACAGACAGAUGGUGUUCGACAUGCUGACGAGGCUCAAGUCUGUCGUGUACCUGCCUGGAGACUUUGUCUGUAAAAAGGGGGAGAUCGGCAGGGAGAUGUACAUCAUCAAACAGGGGGAGGUUCAGGUGGUGGGCGGUCCUGACCUGCAGACGGUGUUCGUCACCAUCAGAGCCGGCUCGGUGUUCGGAGAGAUCAGUUUGCUGGCAGGUGGCGGAGGGAACCGACGCACAGCCAACGUGAAGGCGCACGGCUUCGCUAACCUCUUCAUCCUGGACAAGAAGGACCUAGCAGAGAUCCUGGUGCACUACCCAGAGUCCCAGAAACUCCUCCGCAAGAAGGCCAAGACGAUGUUGACAAAGGAUAAAAAGCCUGAUGAGAAGGACGGUGGCAAAGGCGCGAUAGAAGUCAUCCCGCCCCGACCGGACACCCCCAAAAUGUUCAAGGCGGCUCUGAAGGUGUCAGAGCAAGCGGGAAUCGAGGGAGCCUUCGCCAAACUGAGGGAAACCUACAAACCAUCUGAGAGCUCUGAGGCUCCCGUCCCCCCUCCCUCUCCGAUACACCGCCGCUCUCCGGUCCCUCUCGCUCCCGUUCGGGACGACGACGAUGCAGUGUCAGAGACCGCCGACAGCUCGGUGGUCAUCAGGAUGACAUCACGACAGGAAGGAGAGGAGGUGCUGACUGUGGAGGUGACGCGUGGGGAGGAGGAGGAGGAGGAGAAGAAGAAAAAGACAGGGGAGAAGUGAUUUGAUAGGACAGCUUCUACUUCCCAGAAUGCCUUUCAGCAUCCUGCAGAGAGGAAAUGUGGGUGUCAUUCUCGUCUCUCUUCUUUGUUUCUUCUUCUCUGGUGGAUUUUCUGCUUGCUGUCAAACACAUUUUAGACACAUUUUGAAUUUGUGCAGAUAAGAAAAAUUGACUGAAAACUCCUUUCAGAGUUUCGGGGGAGAAAAAUAUUUUCCUCCAAAUUCAUUUCUCUACAGAUUUUCAUUUGCUUUUUAGCAUUUCCUCACUUGCAUGUUUUCCUCCCGUCUUAACUCCCACUGAGGCUGCGAGGAGGGAAGACAUUAGCGAGAUGAAACUUCUGUCUCAGCCAGCUUUAACUUGCUCUGAAACAUAAAGUGAAAUAAUAAUAAUCACUAAUCACAAUAACACGUGCUGAACACGGUGCUGUUUUCUGUCUUUUCAGUCUGAAACAACAAAACUCAACAUGCACAAACUGUAGAAUGAGCGACGUCAGGUUGUUGUGCUGCUGUCCCAGCACAAACACAAAUGUGUUUCCUCCUGUCACCUGCAGAGAGCAACUCGGCUUCAGCGGAAACAAGCUUAUGCUGCACAGGCCUUCAUUUUCAUUUCUUCAUAUGUUAGUAUGAAUCCUCCUCAUUUUGUUACUGCAUUCGGGUUUUAAAGCUCCAAAAUGAGCUUGGCUGAGACAGUAACACACAUACACACCACAGUGACGUCAUCUACAGCAUGUUUAGAUUGUUGAAUUUAUUAAAGUGAUGGAAAUGUACGUUAUGCUUAUCUGGCAUUUACAUCAUACAGACAUCAACAGACACCAGCAGGUCAUCCACCUCUUGCUUCCCAGCCUUCAUUAGAGACCGGGCUUUUAUUUGAGUAAAUGCAGUGAAUACAAAAGAAAAACCAACAAUUAGAAACAAGCAGAUUAUUUCAGGCUCCUUCACAGUUCCAUGCAAUUCACUGUACAACUUUUCACAAGGAAGAACGGAUCAUCGCUCGUUUACUGUGUCAUGCCGACAGCGUAGGCGGACGUUCAGCACUCAGCAGACACUUUGAGCAGACGAGGAGCGUUUUGGAUCCAUUGUUAUUGUACCCAACCGCUAACUGAACGGAAGAGCAGAAUACUGUGAUGACUGAAGUAAAUGCAAAUAAGUGUCAGGUUGUUUUUGGUACACUGCAGAACAUGAAUCAUCAUAGUGACAGACAUGACAUGCAGUUUAUUAAUACUCUCAUGUUGUUGUAGUCAGUUCUUAGUGACUCUUCUUCUUCUACAAAUCAGGCAAAACAUCAAAUGUUUAAAUAGUAUGCAACAUUUAUAUUGUCUCUGAUGUGCUCCUCCUUAAGUCAAUCCUGGACAUCCAUGCAUGAGCAACAGCAGUGUUCACACUGUGACUGAGUUGGGAGGGGGCAAUUAUGAUUUUAUUAUUGUUUGAAUCCAUUGGUUCUGGGAGUGCAAAUUCUUCAUUUUAGAGAAUGUCUCAUAAUGUACAGAAAUGAUGCAGCCUAAAUGACUUCAUGUAAUACAUUAACAUCAAACAGUGCUUGAUUUGCAGCCUCACAUGUAACUGAAU